AAAAAAAAAAAAAGAAAGAAAGAAAGAAAGAAAGAAAACACGCACAAGAAGAGAUCUUUCUCCAAGGGCUGUCAGGAGGAACAGUGGACUACGCCUGGCACACAGGCCCUGCUCUUCCAGGCAGGCGGUUAUUCUCAUUCCACAGCUAAGGACUGUCUUGGUCAAAUCACCUGUGUGGUGAUACCUGGAAGCCUUUCCAUGUGACCGCCACGUGGGAGGAAAGCAGCCUGGCAGGGCCCCAGAGAGCAAAGGCAAUGAAGUGUGCCGCUGAGACACAGGCCCCGACAGCCCCAGCCGCUGGCCUCUCCCUCCAGGGCUGCAGCUGGGCUGAGACUCCAGGAGGGGGUGCUGUGGUGACUGGGCCCAGAACAGAGUGGGGAACUGGGAAUGUGGGUCCCAGUCCUGGCUCAGCCAGCAGCUGUCUGAGUCACUUUGGGCAGGUUAGUAGCCCUCUCUGGGCCAAGGCACCCUCAGCUGUAGCAGGAGCGGGUGUUCGUGGUGCAACUUAGGAAGGGUUCAGCCGACAUUGCUGGCAAGAACUGUGGUCUCAUCUGAGACUCAACUGGGAGGAGGGAUCCGUUUCCAAGCUCCUUUGCGUGGAGGGGAAGUGGCGGGCACAGAGGGUAUGAAUUCCAGGAGGCAGGGAUCAUUUAGGGGCCAUCUUAAAGCCUGGCUGCCACACUGGGGGAUGGAGCCAUGUGGACUAGGUUGCCCCCAACCCUUCCAGAAUUCUAGGCUGCACCUUCUACCCCAGGACAGGGACUCCCUGAGCCAGAACCAUCAGCUCCUGGAAGGAGCCCAUGGGCCCAGAGAGGUGCAUCAGAGGCAGCCCUUGAACUCCUGCAGGGGGCAGGCGGGAGACCCAUCAUCGGCCCCAGAUCUGGGUGAAGCCGGGAGUGGUGCAGGCCAAGGGUGGGAGAGCCCUGGAGGACUUGCAGAGCCCACACGCAGCUCCUUACAAGAGCUGAACCCCACUACCAGGAGGAGCUUUGGGGUGCCAGGCAGCUCAGAGUACAAGGACCUGGCCCAGAGGAGUGGGGCAGAACCUGAGACCCAGGAAAGAAAGCUCACUCCCGGGACCCCUGGGCCGGGGGACCUGCCCUCCCAAAACCUGCCUUCCCAAGAUGCCCUUGAAGGACUGGGCUGGGACCCGCACCUGGGCCAGGAGAGAGUAGAACUUCAAAGACCGCCAAGGAUGGACACCCCUCAGAGUCUGAGAGAGGAGGACCCUCAGGAUCAGAAAGCAGAGACCCCUCAGCAUAAGAGAGGGGAGGCCUCCCGGGGCGAGAUCAAAGAUGCUCCUCAGCGUCAGAGGGUGAAGACACAGAGGGGCCAGAGCCCAAGGGCUCCUCAGGGUCAGAGGGAGGAGGCCCCCCUGGGUGAGAACAUGGGCGUUCCUCAGAGUCGAGGAGAAUUUAGUCCUAAGUGCCAGGGAAAGGCGAGUCCCCAGAGUCUGGGGAAGAAGAUGCUGCGGUCUUGGGAAGGCAAUAUCUCACAAGCCUGGGAGGUGGCUCCUGGGGAGGCCACUGUACGGCUCCCAGAGGAAGGCGGCUCCCGGAGCCAUCAGAGGGACUCCUGCGGGUCCCUGAAAGCACAGACUCCAAAGCCUGUGGGCAGGGAGAGCCCAGACCUCCGGAGAAGGGUUACCGCGAUGAUGCAGGGCAGGAUCAGAGGCGAGACACAAAAGUCGGCACCGGCGGUGGCAAAGCUAGGGGUCGCCCAGGAGGGGGCGUGGGCUGCGCUUCCCAGCCCGAAGCCCCCGGCCCGGCAGCUGCUUCCAGGUCGCGGAGCCGGAGCUGUGAUGCCAGCGACCCUGCGCACCAAGGUAUCCGGGCAGCAGGGGCUCCCCGGGGGUCUUCGGGGGCCUCCAGACCCGGAGCGCAAUCCGCACGCGCUGCAGGGCCCUGGAGUGGGCCCUGGCCCGGGAGAGGAGGAGGUGGGCCAGGCUCGGCUUCCGGGUGCCCUCCGGGGUCGGGGGGUCGGUCCUGAGCGUCCCAAGGCCUCGAAGGCCGCGUGGCCGGCGCCCCUAGGCAGGGCCAAGGCGCCUGCGGGCUUGAGCGCGGCGCGGCAGGAGACGGCUCUGCAGCGGCUGCUGGAGCUGCACAGCGCAGCCAGGUGGCGGCGCCGGCGGGACCGUGAGCAGCAGCGGCUCCGGGUCCUGGAACGCCUCCACAUCGCCAGGAACCGCCACUGCCGGGUUCACCCCGUGGGGCUCCCGCCCAGCGCGGCUCAACUCCCGCCACAGGCAAGACCCCCAGAAGGCGGUGGGGCCGCAAGGAACCUGCACGGGAGGACGCGACUGGGCGGCAGCGCGCCCUGCGGGAGCAGCUGGAACAGAUGCAUCGGGAGAGGACCGGGCGGCUGCGGGCCCUCGGGGCCAGGAACACUCAGAACUUCCUGGAACUACUGUGUUCCCCUGGUGCUGCGGAUCCCGUGCCUGCAGAGUAGUGCUCGCCCUCCCAGCCCCCUCUGGUCAUUGCUGGGUACUCAAAGGGAUGAUUAAAGAGAUGAGGGUUACGGAAAAA